GGGGGGGGGAACCUUUCUCUGUUUUUUUCUCUCUCUCUUUCUCUCUCCCCACCCUCCCUCUCUCUCCUCACCCUCCCUCCUAGGGUUUUAAUCAUCAUUCAUUUGGAAAAGUGACACCAGCGCUUCUGGAUGGACCAGCCUAGCACACAGAAGCGAGGAGAUCCAACACCGUUCACAUCUCCAGUGGCGGCCAGGCACCUCCGCCUCGAAUCUCUUUUCAUCUGGAAAUUGUGACCUUAUAAUUUCAAGAGAGAGAGAGAGAGAGAGAACCCUACACACACACACACACACACACACACACAUACACACACAGAGAUGUAUCAAUGACCAACAGAGUGUGUGUAUACGUGAAAGAACCAUUUUCCAAUUUUUGGGGAUUUUAAGAUUGUAAAAUCUGCAUCGAAAAAGAUAAUCAUCUGGCAAAAUCCAGCGGCUGUGUGCUCACAGUAAAGGCUGCUAAAAAAAGACAGACAGAGAGAGAGAGAGACAAGAAUAGCCUUAAACACGCUGGCUGAUGGCACAAAGGUAUGACGACUUGUCCCACUAUGGGAUAGACGGGGUAUCCAUGGCUAGUUAUGGAGACUCACACGCCUCUCGGAAUCUGGCUCACCAUCUGAACCACGGCCCCGGCAUCCACGCGCAACACUACCCGCCUGGAAGCGCUUCUCACCGGGUACCGUUACCUGGGAGUCUGGGCAAUAACAUCAACGACAGUCUGAAAAGAGAAAAGGAUGCGAUAUACGGGCAUCCUCUGUUUCCCUUACUUGCCUUGAUCUUUGAGAAGUGUGAACUUGCUACAUCUACUCCCAGGGACUGCGGGGUAGCCGGAGGAGAUGUGUGUUCGUCAGAUUCCUUCAAUGAAGACAUCGCAGUGUUCGCUAAACAGAUUCGAACAGAAAAACCUUUAUUUUCCUCCAACCCUGAGCUGGAUAAUUUGAUGAUCCAGGCCAUCCAAGUGCUGCGAUUUCAUCUGUUGGAGUUGGAAAAGCACUCCUAUCAGUGCAUCAUGGGAAAGUCAGGCUCAACUUUUACAAUCAAGUUCGGUCUGGCCUUUGAACGCAGAAAUCCGAGGCUACCGACUGG